UCUGGAAUUAGUAGCACCAGGUAUUUCAAGUAACAAGUCUUCAUGAAUGAAAGUAUUAUGGUCGUAUUCGCCGCCCUAGUGGCCUACGCCUCCGCUGGCCUAAUUGCCAGCCCGUGGGGUAAUGCAGGUGCAUGGGGCCACGGACUCGUCGGCGCCCCGGUGGUGAGCGCGCCUAUCGUCAGCGCCCCUAUCGUCAAACAAGCGGUGCCCGUCGCCACCUCAUACGCUAACACUGUCAGGAUCGCCACACCCGCCGUUGCCGUCGCCCCCGCACCCUACGCUAUCGCCGCCCACGGCCCCGUGGUCGCCCCCCUCGGCCACGGCUGGUAGGCCACCAGCUCAACAUCCAGCCCGUACCAUCAGGGCUUCGUCAAGAUGCAACAGUCAAUUUAUAACUUAAGACUAUGAAAACUUUGUUUGGACCACUACUAAAUUAAAAUGUUAUUUAUUUUUUAUAAUAAAGUACUUAUAACUUUCU